AUGGAACGGGGCUGCGUUCAGCCUCCAGACUCUCUUCUACUUUCGUCAGUAACAUUCCUAAAACCCAACAGACGUCAGCUGAUAGCAGCAACAGUGACAGCUAUUAACAACACUAUCUUAUUUCAAAAUUUUAAACGAUCUGAAAUGAGAAUUUUAAAUAUCAAAUCCGGAUUUCUGAGACGGAGGAUCUCAGAGUCACCUCUGUCAACUCGACCGCAACCGGAAGAAGCUCAAAAAUGGACGGAAUCUUUCGCCGUCCUUAUGGCAUCCAAAUAUGGAUCAUCACUUUAUCGGGCGUUUUUAUUGCGUGAAUUCAGCAACGAGAAUUUGGAAUUUUGGCUGGCCGUCGAAGAGUACAAGAACUCGAAACCGCAAAAAAUGGCAGCCAAAGCCCAGCAAAUCUACAAUGAUUUCGUAGCCGUUCAAGCAUCGAAAGAGGUCAACCUGGAUUCUGAGACGAGACUGAUCACAUUAACAAACGUCCAGUCCAACAAUCCGGACCAACAUGUUUUCGACCGAGCCCAAAGGCGGAUCCAGCACAUGAUGGAACGCGAUUCCUACUUGCGUUUCCUCCAGUCAGAACUCUUUCUCGAACUCGUUCGCAAUGAACGCUGCUCGGCGUCGACAAGUUAAGCUUCGAGCAAUAGCGUUGGCAGUCAUCAGUCCGCAAUGGAAACGAACGAGAAAAAUAAAAACGGACUGGAUCAAAGCGAUGGGACACCUGAAAACAAAUUAUAGAACGUUUCUAAAACUAUAAGAUGAAAUUGCAACUUAAAAUGUAUUAAAAGAAAAAAACCCGUCGAUUACUCUCUUUCGCAGGCAAUCGUUUUAAAUGAUAGGGAAUCGUACAGCUCUCGCGUCUACUGUGAUAUUUAUCUAAUCGACGUUCCGGUUAUGAUUUGUUUACUUUCUCUAAUAACACGAGUAAAAUUGUGACUUUCUCUUCCGCCUAUACAUCUACCAGCAAUUUCCAAUACGAAACCCGCAAAUGUGAGUUUCAUGAUCCCGUUGGCUAGUCUCUUUCUCUCUCUCACACACAAAACUACUAACCUGCUCGUUAUACAACUACAUGGUUUCUUGACUUUGAAAUCACUGAACGUGUAAUUCAUAUAGUUUGACGUUCCUGUCUUAAAAUAAGCAAAUGUUUCCCAAUUUUGUACUAUCAUUGUUGUUUUUAUAGGGAAACUUUUGUGCUGGUCACUGUGAGUCUAUGGACCAUAUACCCCGCCCCGAUGUAUUAAUCUAUUAUAUUUUGAAUGGAGAUACAUGUUUUUAAAUAAACGUAACAUUUACGAUAUACGGCGAAUUCUGCGUCAACUGAUCUACUCAUAACGGAAUAGACAUUGACCAUAAU